UGGUCGCUUUUGGUUGGUUGUAAAUAAAAAUGAUUUCGGUAUUUAAAUUAUUUUUAUCAUGGCUUUGUUAAAAAGCUUUUAAUAUGUCCGGAUGGUCAUUCAAGGAAAGUAAAUCUUAGAUUUUAUAUGAGAUAUAAUGGAGGGACAAUAUAACUUGAAAAGCCCAGCUGUAAAGCGUCUAAUGCGAGAGGCUAGAGAAUUAUGUGAAGCAACAUCCCAGUACUAUGCCCAACCUCUUGAGGACAAUUUGUUUGAAUGGCAUUUUACAGUUCAAGGUCCAAUUGACAGUGAGUUUGAGAAAGGACGCUACCAUGGUCGGAUCAUACUACCACCUGAAUAUCCUAUGAAACCACCUAGUAUUAUGCUUUUAACACCAAAUGGCCGGUUUGAACUUAACAAGAAGAUCUGCCUAAGUAUGUCAGCCCAUCAUCCUGAAACAUGGCAACCAUCUUGGAGUAUUCGAACUGUGUUACUUGCCAUCAUUGGUUUCAUGCCUUCGAAAGGCGGUGGAGCUAUUGGUGCCUUAGAUUACACCAGUGAAGAAAGAAGGAUAUUGGCCAAAAAGUCAAUGAGAUGGACAUGUGAUGUCUGUGGUAGCUGCAAUGGUGAUUCAUUGAGAGAAGAGGAUUCAAAAGAUAAAGGAGAAAGAUACAAAAGAGACAUUGAAUUAGCAUCACAAAUAAAUUUCAAGGGUGAAAAUGAAGCAAAAUCAGAAGAGAAGACAAAGGUAGAUGGUUCAGUUGCAACAGCAAAUGGUGAAAUAACGACCAACAGACAAAAUAUUGAGAACAUUUUAUCACAUAAUGAGGGAGCUACAGAGAGGACACAAAAUGUUAGAAAACGUACCAGAAAAACUUCCAGUCGCAGGCAGGAAAGUAAACACAGAACAACAGAAUCUGCCAAGGCUUCACAUUCAAAGGGAUAUUUAUCACUAAUUUUAAUACUUAUUUUUAUGCUAUGCCUCCUAAUGUUGCUACUUCGGCGGAUUUACUACAAGUAGUGGUAGUAUGUUUAUAAAUGAAUGAGAAUUUGUAAAGAAAAUCAUCUGUAAAGGUUUUACAGAAAUAUAUAUGUAUAGGAAUUAAUGGAGAUAUUGUACCACCGCUUACAGUUAAGGCACCU